UUGUAUAUAUUUACAUAUUUUAAUUGAAUAUAUUGUAUAAACAUUUGUUAUACUUAUUGAAAUGACCGAAGAGGUAAUCAAAUGUCGGACUCCCGGAAAAGUUAUACUUCAUGGAGAACACGCUGUGGUCUAUGGAAAGACUGCAGUUGCCGUAAGUGUCGAUUUGGAUACAAAAAUAUCGACAAAAGUGUUGAAGACAUCGACAACAACUGUCAAACUUGAUAUAAACUUUAACUUUAAACAAUGCAAUGAGUGGUCAAUCAAUGAGUUGUCACAAAUCCGAUUGAUUGACGACAAAAGUCGCAACAAAGUUAUGGAUUUUAACGACUCAUUUCUGCAAAUUGUGUCCAAACUUGUUGAUCAAAGUCUACCACAAAAUGUCUAUAAUUCUGUUAAUUCAUUUCUCGUCUUAUAUUUGGCAAUAAGUGACAGCUAUUGUGAUUCAAAGCGGUUACCAAUGGAAAUGAUUGUCUCAACAUCUUUGCCUAUUGGUGCCGGUCUCGGGUCAUCUUCAUCAUAUACGGUAGGCCUAACAGCAUCUCUGAUGAAGGCUUACGGUGUGGUCAUAGAUCUAUCACUGGUUAGUGAGUGGGGCUAUCAAAUGGACAAACUAUUUCACGGACGGCCAUCGGGUAUUGAUAAUUCAAUUUGUACUUUUGGCGGUGCAUUACAGUUCAAAAGUGGCAAAAUUGUCGAACAAUUAGCUCAUAUUGAGACAUCACUGCCGGUAAUUCUGGUCAAUACCGGAGUUCCUCGAAAUACAAAAGCACAGGUGGAAAAGUUGCGCCGAAAAUAUGACAAAUAUACUAAUAUUGUUGAACCGAUAUUAGAAGCAAUCGAUGCCAUUUCUAUUAGCGCCUGGGAUCUCAUCAAACAAAACAAUCAUUUACAAGAUUUUGCGAAUCUCUUUGAACUUAAUCAACAUUUGCUAAACUGUUGCGAUGUCGGCCACCCGGCCAUCGACAAGAUAGUCGAUUGCGCCAAUAAACUCGGAUUAUCGGCCAAAAUGACCGGCGCUGGUGGUGGCGGAACAGUAAUCAUAUUCAACACAUUGAAAGGUGUGAUCACAAAGAAAAAACUUUUAAUAUUAGUAUUCAAUACAUAACAAAUAAAAACUUUUUUUUGAUUUGAUUUAUAUUACAGAAACACAUGAAAUCGACAACCUAUACAAAGAUU